ACUAUUGGCAUGUACGUUGUCUGAAGAAUUGAAUAACGUUGUUCGGUACUCACUUAUUAGAGACCUGGCUCCAGUUUUGCCUUGCUGUUCCCUUUUUAUUUAUUUAUUAAUCAGGCUUUCAUGUCCUGUCCCUCUCUCUCUCUCUCUCUCUCUCUCUCUCUCGCUGUGCCUGUCUGGCUGUCUCUAUCACUCGCACGCACUUUUGGGAUUUCCUUGUUCAUGGCUAGUCACUAACCCAGAUGUAGAUUGAUACCAACCAUUGCGUUUGGUUUCUGGUUACCUGAUUCAUUUGCUUUAUUUGUGAGUUUUUCUGGUUCGCUGUCUCAGAAAAAAGAGUGAAGGAUGAAGAAUUUUCCUGGGACGCCUGGGACUUUGACUGGGCUUGUUCUCAGGAUUUCACAGUGCGUUUUUGCAGUAGGGUCGAUUGCUUCUAUGGCCACCACCCACACUUUCUUCAAUUUCACAGCUUUCUGCUAUCUGAUUGCUUCAAUGGGUUUACAAGUCAUCUGGAGCUUUGUGCUUGCUGUAUUAGAUGCAUAUUCAUUGGUGAGCAAGAAGGUGCUGCAUAAUCCUGUUUUAGUUAGCCUCUUCGUGGUUGGAGACUGGGUGACGGCAACACUGUCUCUUGCAGCGGCUUCUGCUUCAGCUGGCAUUACAGUCUUGUACUUCAGUGACUUGGGAGACUGCAAUGCAGGAGAAGAAUGCCAAAAGUACCAGAUAUCAGUUGCCUUGGCCUACCUGAGCUGGGUAACAAUUGCAAUUUCAUCUCUAAUUAUGCUUUGGCUAUUGGCUGCGGGUUAGACUUUUUGUUGUACAUAGUCCACCGCAUCUUCAAUCUCACUGAAAUCCACGUGUCUUACAGAAGUUUUGAUCUUUUGUGAUGUUGAUAGAAAAGGAAACACGAAGAACAACAUUAAAAUACUCAACCAUUAGUUUAAUUCCACUUCAUUUUUUCCCAGGUGGAUUGGGAAAAGAGGUACAAUUUGUAUUUUAGUGUAUCUUAAUCAGAGGUACAGUUCCAUCA